ACUCGAACGCAACAAUAAACACAAAGUCUUCUCACUUCCACUUUGUUUUACCCUCUUCCUUCAUCAAAAGCUCAAGUACAUGCCCCUUUUCACCUAAAUUGAACCUGCGUUUGCUUACAACGGCUCGAGCCCUUCGCGUCUUUCUCAUCUCACUCACUCAUUUGGCCGCGUUGAAGUCGAAGCUUUCAAAUUGCUAUUCGCGUCUCGACUUUCUUUAUUUUGCUUUCUCAAUGUUCCUACACACAAAUCUCGGCCUUUCUAUAUGAGAUUCUCUUGGAAUUGUCAGACCCGUUGUUCUCAUCAAAAGAUGAUACUGGAGGUGUAGACUGUUGGGUGUUGCCUUUCAAUUGAGUUUUUCGCAUACAAAGAUCCUUUCUUUUCAUUGCUUUUGAGCAUGCAAGAGCAGGGGCCUUAUCCUUCAAUAUGCCCCAUAUCGAUCUUGACGAAGAUGAUGUCGUCGACCUGACGUCGGAUGAGUUCAAGGACGAGAAUAAUGUUAUCGACUUGACGCUGGACGAAUUCCAGGACCCCAACAUAGACUGGCUCUCGAAUCACAAUGACGACUUUGACGGUGUGUUUGAAGACGCCUUUGCCCCGAGAGAGCCUCAUGCAACCACCGCCACUCAUGCUGCACCUAAAAUGUGGACCAAGUUUGGUGAGAUGGAGGAAGAGGAAGAGGAAGAAGAGGAGCGCCUGAGUGUCAUGGAACAGGUUGACCUGUCACCUAGCUCUCCCGCCCAGAGUCCUCCUAACUACGGCUCAAGUCCCGAAAGCCUUUUCGAAGACAGCUACCCUGAAAUGCCUGAGUUUCCUGAGUCGUGCGUCAUGGAGGCUGCAGAUCCUGAUCUCGAACUUGGUGAUGCAGAUGCAGGCGCUUCAGCUGAGGUAGUGGAGCAAGAAGAUGUUACAAUGGAAGAGACACCGGAUGUCCCUCUCAGCGAGAAUAUGAGCGUCGAGUUCCCCGAAAGUCUCCUAUUGGUACCGAGGUCGUACUACGAACCAUUCGAACCGAGUGUCCCAAUCCUUAGGGAACGUGAGGCUGUCGCUCGACUGCUUGAGGUGGCCGAGGAGGCUGGUACGGGUAUUGAAUUUGACGACUUUGUUGAGUUCCAACUUGAUGAUUUUGCAGUCUACUCGGACCGUGACAGAUACGGGCAGGAGAUGUGCUCUCUCCACCACCUUCACGCAAAACACGGCUUCAGCACUGUAUUCUUCGACGGCAAGUUGAGUGCUGGUAAUACUGUUUUCUACGUUCACCGCGUGGAAAUCAGCGCAUUACCGAUCGAGAACUACGGUACAUUGUCAAAGCACACUGUCAGAGACAAAAUUUGGAUACGGUCAGUUUUAAACUCAGAACGUGAGGUAUACUACCGGUUGAACAGCCCUGCCAAGGAAUAUCGUCGUUUCUUUGGCCCGUUCCUAUGGGUUGCAGAUCUCACGAAGCACUUCGUAGAUUAUCUCAAGUUCAGGGGGGAGAAAGAAGACCAUGUUACGAUCUUCCAUUUUCGAUCGAAUUUCAGCGUUUGGCUAGCGAAAAUGCACCGCAAUGCACCUGAUUUUAUCUCUUGGAAAGCAGAGCACCCAAGCGAUGACUUCAGGACGUCAAUUGUGGCAAAUCUUGCAUUUCUACAUAAGGAAGCAAUCGGUGUACUUGGGCACAGAAAAACAUACAAGCAUAUUAUCUGGGCUGAGGUAUGGGAAUUCACGCAAUACAAACUGUGUACAAAGAUUGCGCCCAACGAAGACGCAGAUACUGUCGUCACCCAGUACAUCUAUGACUGCUUCAGCCAUCAGCCCUUCGGUCACCGCCUCAAGGCCAUCCCUCUAAGCGAAAAGACUCGAUCUUUGCAAAAUGCGCUGAUCAAACAGCGUCAUCUCGAACUGCCGUCCCCGGUUCAUCAUAGUGCUAAGACCAUGACAAUGGCUGGUAUGAAGCAAAUUCGAACGAUUCGGCCAGGCGAUACGAUCUCGAUCCAGAGAGAUGCCCAAGAGUCUGGUACGCAGUGGCGACGUGACAUUUCGCAUGGGUUUGACGACGUCGACCGAUGGUUCGCGCUGGUACAACGCGUACAUGUCAAUAAGCGUGGCCAGAAAACGUUUGACGUGAUCUGGUACUAUCGACCCGUGGACACCCUAUGUGGUCUGAUGAAGUACCCUUGGAACAACGAGUUGUUUUUGUCGGAUCAUUGCUCCUGUGAUACAAGAGCGAAAAUCUCCGAGGACGAAGUGUCAGGGGUUCACCAAGUCGAGUUUGGGGGGACUUCGGCGACCAAAGCCGAGUUCUUUUGUCGCCAGACAUACAUAUGUAUACAACGAAAUUGGGUGACCCUCGACAAAGACCAUUUUCGUUGCCUUCAUCUGCGCAACGGUUCUCAUCAGGCGCUGGAAUUAACAACUGGCGAAACGCGGCUCGUCAUGAUCAACAAGACGAGCGGUCGAUCCGAGCCUUGCGAGUUUCUAACCUUUUAUGAGGAGGAAGGGAGCGGUAUAUAUAGGUUUCGGAAAUUGCUGAGAAGACAGCAGGUUGAUCCGGCAUCAAACGCUCGACCCAAUGAGUUGGUGUACAGCUAUAUCGAGCCGCUUGUCGAGGUAAAAAGUUCGCGUAUUCUUGAGCCUUGUUUCGUUCGUUGUUUCAAAGACGGAGAAACAAUACCAACGCCAUAUGAUCGCGACGGAGUGGGAGGGUUUUUCUAUUUCACCCACGAACAAGUGUUGGACAAUGAGACUGCAAUCAAGUCAUAUGUUCCGCUAUCCGGACCUCCCUUAUCCAUACAGCAGGGUUACGACCCAUCGCAGUCUAUUCCACGACUGCGAGGUCUGGACCUCUUUUGCGGUGGUGGUAACUUCGGUCGUGGGUUAGAAGAUGGAGGUGCCAUUGAGAUGCGAUGGGCGAACGACUUUGACGCAAAGGCUAUUCACACUUACAUGGCAAAUACUGCUGGUCCUUCUGAAGUAUCUCCAUUCCUUGGGUCCAUAGACGAUCUCCAGCGUCUUGCUAUCAAAGGCGAGUUUUCAGACAGUGUCCCGCCGAUUGGAGAUGUGGAUUUCAUCUCAGGCGGUAGCCCUUGUCCAGGCUUCUCUCGGUUGACCAACGAUAAAACAACUGCCGCUCAACGGAAGAACCAGUCCCUGGUAGCAGCCUUUGCGUCAUGCGUUGACCUGUAUCGUCCGCGGUACGGCCUCCUUGAGAACGUGCCGGGCAUCGUGCAGAAAACUGCUAAUCGAGACCAAGACGUGUUCAGUCAACUCAUUUGUGCCAUUGUAGGCCUAGGUUAUCAAGCACACUUUUUCUUUCUCGAUGCUUCUGCCUGCGGUGCACCCCAGCGUCGUUCUCGCGUAUUUCUGGCUUUUGCUGCACCAGGCCACCGCUUACCUCACCGACCAUAUCAGACCCAUGGUCAUCCACAAGGUACCUCCAGACUUACUCUCGGUGUUCUUCCCACGGGGGAACCUAUGGCUGAGCGUGCCAUGCCGGCUGCCACACCAUUCGACUUUGUAUCUGCGAGGGCUUCCACUGCCAACCUACCCCCUGUCUAUGAUUCAAAGCCGGAUAUAUGCGUGCCAUACCCCGAUCAUCGGGUAUCUAUAGGUAUCACGCCUCUGAUGCGAAGUAGGAUUCACCUCAUCCCAACUCAGCCCUGGGGUAUGAACUACGCACAAGCUUGGUACGGUCGUGACUUGAAAAAGGCUGGUUCAGGCGUCAUGACGCCAAGUGAGCGCCUAGCAUUCCCUGAGCGCACCGAUAAGGGUUUAGGACGAGCGAAUCCAAGCUCGAACGCCUAUGGCCGUCAACGACCCGACCAUCUCUUUGUGACAAUCGUCAAGACCCAAAGUCCGGACGAUGCGAAGAACGGUCGGACAUUACACUGGCGCGAGCCUCGCGUCUUGACCAUCAUGGAAGCACGACGAGCCCAGGGGUUCAGAGACGACGAAGUACUGCUGGGUAUCCCAAGCGAACAGUACAAGAUUGUCGGCAACAGUGUUGCUCGUGAAGUCGCGGUCAGUUUGGGUGCUGUAUUUUGCGAGGCAUGGGUCCAGAGCCUCGCAGACGAGCACCACGCACAGGGCGGCGAUCAUGCCUCCACUGCUACACUUACUUCUGUGGCGCCAGUUCGUAUGGGUGUCGAGGUUUCCCCUUUGACCAAUAUUAGGAAACUUGAGUCAGAGUCAGCUUCUGUGAACAACACUCCGCGGUCUCGGAAGUCCAGAAGUGAAUCUCGAGUCAGUCAAAUUUCGUCUACGCCGAGCUCGACCCCUCCUCGCCAAACGUCCACUAAGCGUAGCCAUAUCGCUGUUGAGAUUCGUGGAUCGAAGUCUCUUAGGACAGACGAAUACAACAGCCCUAGUAGGGCCAUGUCUAUAGCAUCCAGUCGUUCCAGAUCAAGUAGGUUACGGCAUAGCACCACGGGUGAAUAAUUUUGUACAAAUGAAUAUUGGAGUUCAGGAGACUACAAUAGAAGGAUAUCUUGACAUGCGAACCUGUUAAAUUUCGAAUUUUGUGACUUGUGGGCAUCACAAAAUGGGUAGUCUUUCACAUAGACCAGAUACCUAUCACAGCUUUCUGGGCGUUAAUAAGACGAUGAGAUGAAUAGAAUUGACAAUGACGU